AUUAUUGUUUAUUUUCAGCAAUGGAGAUGUAGUGGAAGGUAGUGCAACUCCAGCAACAAAAGAAACCAAGAAGGGGAAAAAGGGUCGCAAGAACAAGGAUGUUGACUGGGAAGAUGAUGUGGCAAAGGAAUUGGAAAACAUGACCCUGGAGGAGGGAGGAGAAAAGAAGGAAGAAUCUCGUGAGCCAUCACCAGUUCCAGAAAAGAAAGAUAAGAAGAAAGAAAAGAAAUCAAAAAAAUCCAAAGCGAAGGAUUCAGAUGAUGAGGAAGUUAUUGUAACAUCCAAAAAAGGUGGGGGCUUUGCAGCCUUAAUGGUGGACGAUGAGGAUGAUGAUGAUGAAGUGGAUGAACCUGUUGUUGAGGAGAAGAAAGACAAGAAAAAAUCAAAAAAAGAGGAAAAACCUAAGAAAGAGGAGAAACCUAAAAAACCUGUUGAUUCUGAUGAUGAUGAAGUUAUUGUUCAAACCAAGAAGGGAGGAGGUUUUGCAGCUUUGAUGGAUGAUGAUGAUGAUGAUUUUGAUGAAGAUAUGGAUGAGCAGAUUGUGGAAGAGAAGAAGGAAGCAAAAAAGAAAAGUAAAAAGGAAGAAAAACCCAAACCUGUUGUUGAAGACAAAAAGAAAGGGAAAAAAGGUAAGAAGAAGAAGAAUGAUGAGGAAGAUCUUGACCAAAUAUUGGCAGAGCUAGAACUGGAGUACAAAGGGGAAAAACCAAAAGAAGACCCAGCAAAGGAGAUCACAGAGGAUGUGUUACAACCAGUAGAAGAAAGUUCAAAGAAAAAGAAAAAGAAGAAAAAAGAUGCAGCUGCUGAAUCAGAGAAAGCUAGUAUUUCCUCUGUUCAAGAAGAGAAUAAUGAUAUGGUGAGCAAGGUUGCCAUAGAAACAGCAGAGAAGACUGCAACAGCAGCAGAGGAGACUGCACCAGCAGCAGAGAAGACUGCACCAGCAGCAGAGAAGACUGCACCAGCAGCAGAGAUGACUGCACCAACAGCAGAGAAGGCUCCUGCAGAAACAGAGGCAGUUACUUUAGCAUCAAAGGUUAUACCACCACCAACAGAAUCCUUAGAAGUUACUGAAGCAAAAUCAGCUGAAGAAGCCAAAGUCGACACCACUGAAAAAGUAGACGAAACUUCAGCAGAAACCUCCAAAGCCAAGAAAAAGAAGAAGAAAGCCAAGGAUGCGGCAGCACCUGCUGCCGCUGAGGACUCAAAAGAAGGGACCCCAGCUCCAGAUGAAGUAGAAGGAGGUGCAGCAGGUGAUGAAGAUGGAACUGGAAAGAAGAAAGGCAAAAAGAAGAAGGAAACUGAAGAAGACAAAGAUGGUCGUAAGGGUAAACCUAGCAAGAAAGCUCUUGCUGCCAUGCGGGAAAUACUGGCAAAACAAAAGGAAGAAGAAGAAAGAUUGAAGAAGGAGGAAGAAGAAAGACAAAGGCAAGAGGAAGAACGAUUAAGGCAGAUUGAAGAGGAGAAAAGACUUGAGCAAGAAAGGAAAGAAAGGAAAAAGCAAAAGGAGAAAGAACGAAAGGAAAGGUUAAAAGCAGAAGGUAAGCUACUUACUCCUAAACAAAAGGCAGAUCAGAAAAGAGCCCAGCAGAUGUUAGAACAUCGUAAGGCUCUUGGACUGGCAGUCCCUGAAGUUGGUGAGAAGAAACCUCGUCUUGGAACCAGAAUUAAACCCAAAAAAAAGAAAGAUCAGGAAACUGCCCAGGAAGAGCCAGAACCAUCACCAUCACCAGUACCAGUAAUAGAAGAAAAGCCUGCAGAGGAAGGAAAGCCUGAGGGGGAAGAAGCAGUUGCUCCUGUUGUUGAAGAAGUAAAAGAAGAAGAGGUUAAGGAUGCUUGGGAUGAAACAUCUGAUGAAGAGGAGGAAGAUAAUUCAGAAUCCACUGAAAACAAAAUUGCUAACAAUGUAAGUAAGCCAAAUGAUGAUGAUGAGGAAGAGGAGGACGAUGAAGAGGAGGAAGAGGGCAGUGCUGAGAGUGAGUCUGAGGAGGAGUCUUUAGAAGAGCACAAAGGGGAAGCAGAAAAGAGAAGACAGAGAGCCAAGGAUCGAAUGUCAAAACGCAAGGAAGAAAAUCUUAAGAAACUUGAUAUAGAUAUUCUACGUGCCCCUGUGGUAUGUGUUCUUGGACAUGUAGAUCAUGGUAAGACAAAAAUCUUGGACAAGUUAAGAAGGUCAAAUGUUCAGGAGGGUGAGGUUGGUGGUAUCACUCAGCAGAUUGGCGCUACUAAUGUGCCAUCAUAUGCAAUCAAAAAACAGACACAGAUGGUGAAAGACUUUGAUAUGAAUGAAAUGAAAUUUCCUGGUCUCCUCAUCAUUGAUACUCCUGGGCACGAAUCUUUCCGAAAUCUUCGUUCUAGAGGUUCUUCGUUAUGUGAUAUUGCUAUUCUUGUCGUUGAUAUAACACAGGGUUUGGAGCCACAGACCAAAGAAUCGAUUAGCCUUUUAAGAAAAAGGGCUACACCCUUCUUAGUUGCACUUAAUAAAGUUGACAGAGUUUAUGAGUGGGUAUCUCAUCCAUCAAAAGACAUCAGAGAUGUAAUUAAUACCCAGGAAGAACCAUCAAGAAAUGACUUUGAACGUCGUACAUCUCAGAUCAUCCAAGGGCUAAGGGAAGAGAAACUAAACUCUGCACUAUUUUGGGAGAACCCAAAUCCCAAGGAGUACCUCUCUUUAGUUCCCACUAGUGCCAUUUCAGGAGAUGGCAUGGGUAAUCUCAUAGCUCUCAUUUGUAAUUUGUGCCAACACCGUCUCAAGAAAAAUUUGAUGUUCUCAGAAGAAUUACAGUGUACUGUACUAGAAGUCAAAACAAUUCAGGGACAUGGAACCACAAUAGAUGUUAUCUUAGUAAAUGGACGUCUUCGUGAGGGCGAUACUAUUAUCUUAGCUGGAACGGAAGGCCCUAUUGUUACACAGAUCAGGUCUUUACUGCUUCCUAAACCCCUUAAGGAGAUUCGUGUCAAAGGACAAUAUGACGAAGUUAAAGAAAUAUCAGCAGCACAGGGUGUCAAAAUCGCUGCUCGAGAUCUAGAGAAAGCUAUUCCAGGUCUUAGUCUUAAAGUAGCAUACCAUGAUGAUGAGGUAGAUAUAAUCAAAGAAGAAGUUGACAGAGAAUUCCAUUCUGCAAUGCGUUCCAUGAAAGUGAAGGAGCGAGGAGUUUAUGUUCAGGCAUCUACUUUAGGGGCUUUGGAAGCACUGCUCGAAUUCUUCAAAACCAACGAUGUGCCUUAUUCAGGUAUUCGCGUAGGUCCAGUAGUGAAACGUGAUGUCAUGCGUGCAGCUGCCAUGCUGGAGCAUGAUCCUAUGUAUGCCGUUAUUCUAGCCUUUGAUGUGAAGGUUGAAAAAGAUGCGCAAGAAUUAGCUGAUAAGGAAGGAGUGAAGAUAUUUUCAGAAGAGACUAUAUAUCAUCUUGGAGAUAGAUAUGUAGAGUAUCUUAAAGAAUAUAAAAAGAAGAAACAAGAUGAAUUCCGACAUAUUGCAGUAUUCCCAAGUCGUUUAAAAAUUAUACCAACUGCUAUAUUUAACAAACGUGACCCAAUUGUAUUAGGAGUUAAUAUUGAGGCUGGAGUUCUAAGAACUGGAACACCUCUAUGUGUUCCAUCGAAAGAGUUCGUUGAAAUUGGCAUAGUGACGUCCAUGGAGUUUGAUCACAAAAAUGUUGAUAUUGCGAAGAAAGGUGAUGAAGUUUGUAUCAAAAUUGAAAAUAUUCCAGGACACACACCAAAGUUGUUUGGCAGACAUUUUGAAGCUGAGGAUAUGUUAGUGAGCAAAAUUUCUCGUGAAUCUAUAAAUGCAUGCAAAGACUAUUUCAGAGAAGAUUUAUCAAAAACUGAUUGGAAGUUAAUGCUUGAAUUGAAAAAACAAUUCCAGAUUCUAUAAGUAUUUAUCUCUUUAGGAAUAAAUUACUGGAAAAACUUGCCAAAUUUGCUCGCAGGUUCAACAGUUUGAUUUUUUCUGCAUUACUGCAGAUGCUGUGUAUUUUACAACUGAAAAUUUAAAGCUAGGGUAAUUGGCAUUACUAAUGGAUUUGUGGUACUUGCUAUGUAUCAACCAGUUGUGGAUUGCAAUUACCUUUGGCCCAGAUACAAUAUCUGAUUUUAUUCAUUGAAAGCUUUGUUUUGGAGGAUAUGUUUCUCAAUUUUCCAUCCCUUAAUUGGUAUAGAAUGAUUAAUAAUGAAAAUUUUUCAAAUGAUAGAAUUUAUCCAGUUAUGCUUUGGGAGAGAUUUAGUCCAUUUACGGAAUUUCUGAAAGUUAUGUUGCUGUGAAAAGCAACAUGUUCCAUAGCUCAUCAAAUGCAUAUUUUGUUUUAUAAAUGGGCUCCAUUCCAUUAUGUUUCAUGACAUAUAAAGUUGUCAUCAAUGGCUGCCCUUUCUAGCCUUCAAUUUUCCCAUAUUAACUAAAAGUCAAGACAAUCGGUUCAUAUUGGAGAUUAAAACCAAAGACUCGACUGGUCUUCACAUUUUAAAAAUUGUAACCAUUGUGAAAUUUUUAUUCAUCAGUUCAGAGUUUUAAAAUAGUAUUUAUGAAUUUCAUUGAGGUAACCUUUUUAUGUUAAUCAAUUUCAUUAAGGUAACUGUUUAUAAAAAAUUAACAAAAAAUUUUGUUGCUACAGUUAUUUAAACACCCAAACUGGCAACAUCCUAUCUAACAUUAAAGUGAAAAAAUCUGAUACAGGAUACAAGAUUAGCAAAAUAA